CGCACGCAAGCACACACACACGCACACACACACACACAUACACACACAUAACCGUCUCGGCUAUCAGUGCACGAUUGGACCUGAGCCAUCUCGGAAGAAAGAGAGAAAGAAAAGGAGGAAGGAAAGAGCAAAUAGAAAAGAGGGCAGGCAACAGUAUAGCCCAAGACAAGUGGGUCGUGUUGCAGAAUGGGAAAUGCACCUUCUCAAGAUCCGGACCGCUCAGGUCAACACAUGAUCUCCACAGACGACGCGGAAUACCCGCGGGAGUACCGCACGCUGGGGAACGGCACACGGCGGUUCUCCAACGUGGGCCUAGUACACACCUCUGAGCGUCGACACACUGUGAUUGCAGCACAGAGUCUUGAAGCACUUACUGGACUCCAGAAAGCUGAUAUGGAAAGGAAAAGGGAUGCUUUUAUGGAUCACCUCAAAAACAAGUACCCCUCUCAACAUCCUCCUUCACCUGGAGGCAGUAUGCGUGUUCAACAAGAGCGUGUACGAGAGCAGCAGCAGCCAAACUACUGGAGUUUUAAGAUGGGGCUUCCCAGCUGUUACACUAAUGUCAAAACUCGAAGUCCACGUCAUUCCCAAUCUACGCAGUCAGGAUUAGCAGACCAGGCAAGCAAAUUAUCGUUUGCUUCAGCUGAAUCACUGGAGACUAUGUCAGAAGCCGACAUACCACUUGGGUUUAACCGGAUGAAUCGCUUUCGACAGAGCCUACCAUUAUCACGUUCAACCAGCCAGACCAAGCUAAGAGCACCAGGAGUUCUGUUCCUUCAGUUUGGAGAUGAAACCCGCCGCGUUCACAUUACUCACGAGCUGAGUAGUAUGGACACUCUGUAUGCACUUAUUGUGCACAUGUUUCCACAAAAACUCACCAUGGGUAUGCUUAAGUCACCCAAUACUGCGAUUCUCAUAAAGGACGAGACUAGGAAUGUUUUUUAUGAACUGGAGGACGUCAGAGAUAUUCAGGACCGCAGCAUCAUAAAAAUCUAUCGCAAAGAACCCAUCUAUGCAUCCUACCCUGGUUCACACCUAACCAAUGGAGACCUCAGGAGAGAAAUGGUGUAUACUUCUCGUGAAUCCUCUCCCACUCGUCGUUUGAAUAAUUUGUCACCAUCUCCUCACCUGUCAUCCUCUGCAUCCCCUCCAUCAGGCUCUCCGUCUCGGUCUCGACUUUCUUAUAGUGGGGGUCGUCCUCCAUCUUAUGCAGGACCUGCUCACCCACUCCCUCACCAUGCCUCUUCAAGUCCAGGUGGACCCCCAGCAGGUAUCUCCCCUUCUCCCAGUGCUAUUCUUGAAAGACGUGAUGUCAAGCCAGAUGAAGAAAUUGCUACAAAGAACAUGGUGCUAUUAAAAAAUGAGGGCCUUUAUGGUGAUCCUUAUAGUCUUGUACAUGAGGGCCGCCUCAGCAUCGCAUCCACACAGUCCUUGGCAGCAAUAGGGGACCCUUUCACUUUUCCUGUGUCCAGUGGCCUUUACAGAAGAGGUUCAGUUCGUUCUUUGAGCACAUAUUCUGCAGCUGCUCUGCAAGGGGAAUUGGAGGAGGCUCUGUACAAACCUGGUGGUCCUCUUUACUCAGACUCAUAUUCUUCCUCUAUCGGGAUGGGUUUUAGACUGCCCCCGUCUUCUCCCCAGAAGAUUCCAGACAGUCGAAUGAGUGACAUGCAGCUCAGAGAUCGUGAUGCUCCUCAUAGCCCAUACUCAGGGCCACCCAGUCGUUCUUCUCCUGUCCGCCAGUCUUUCAGAAAGGACUCUGCAUCAUCCUCUGUAUUUGUGGAGAGCCCAAAGUCCCGCAGUGGCAGUGCUUCUGACACCCCUUCUGGAACGGGGGGUGUAGCAACUGAUCAGGGACGAGGAGCAUCUGGUUAUAGCUCCCCCUUGCCAGGAAACGAAACAGAAACACGGGAAAGAAUGGAGGCAAUGGAAAAACAAAUUGCCAGCUUGACAGGCCUAGUCCAGAGUGUGUUGACAAGGGGACCUGAAAGCGAGAGCAUAGAGAAGAACGAACCAACCAGUGAUGGAUCAGGGACUGGAACUUUGACCCCCUCAGUCCACAGCACCAGGGCAACUCCUACACCACCACCCCCUCCAACAGCUGCAACACAGACAACAGCAAUUACAAGAUUACAGAUGCAGUUACAUCUUCAUGACCUGCAACAGAAUGCCAGUGACCUGAGAGACCAACUAAGUCAGCUACGCAGGAUGCAGCUUCAGAAUCAGGACUGUGUGCGUACUUUGCUGAAAAGAACUGAGACAGACAUUAGUGUGCGGGUGACAGAUGCUCUGCGCAAACAGGAGGACCCCCUGCAGAGACAACGUAUUCUAGUUGAAGAAGAGCGACUUAAGUACCUUAAUGAGGAAGAACUUAUCAUCCAGCAGCUACAUGAUCUAGAAAAGUCUGUUGAAGAGAUCCAGAAAGACACCUCUGUUAACCACCGACUUGUCACUGUGCAAGAACUUGAGGAGAAGGCCUUGGUUUUGAGAAAACUUGGCGAGACCUUAACUGAACUUAAGAGUCAAUUUCCUAGCCUGCAGAGUAAAAUGCGUGUAGUUCUACGAGUUGAAGUUGAAGCUGUUAAGUUUCUCAAGGAGGAACCACAUAGACUAGAUGCCUUGCUGAAGCGUUGCAGAACUAUCACUGAUACACUAACAAACCUCAGGAGACAAGUUAAUGAAGGUAUCUGGAAAGGCCAAGAAGAUCUCACCAGUACGUCUUCAAAGCACAUGGAUGACUUCAGUAAAACUUCGGACUUUGACAUUCCAACGAGCCCACCACUGAAUUUCAAUGACCUUAGUGCUAGUUCUAACAUAACCUCCUGGCAGACACACAGUGCACCAGGGCUAAGUGAGAGCUCUAAGAUUUCUGCACCUCAUUCACAUAGUUCACGAACCACACUGGACAUGAGCCAGGCAAUUCCAAGCAAAAGUCGUAUGUUAGAUGACCUUGGUGGAAGAAGAAGCGUGGAUAAAUCUGUGUCUGUUGAGGCUGCAGAACGAGACUGGGAGGAGAAGAGGGACAGUCUAACCCAGUACAGUACUCAGGACAUUAACCGCCUUUUGGAGGAAACCCAAGCAGAGCUUAUGAAAGCCAUUCCAGACCUUGAUUUUGCAGCUAAACAACAGAAAACCCCAAGCAUUGGGGUUCAAAGCAAUAGUGCCAGUCCCACCCCGGAACAUCGGUCUACCAAGCCCCAGCUGGCAGCACAAAAGUUAUCCACUAAGAAUGAACCAAGUGGCCGACGAGGCUCUGAUGAGCUGUCAGUACCUCGAUACCGAACAGAGAAGCCUUCCAAAUCUCCACCACCACCUCCUCCCCGUCGCAGCUUCCCAUCUUCUCAUGGGCUGACUACAACUAGAACAGGAGAGGUUGUCGUCACUAGCAAAAGCAUUAAGAAGUCAGAAUCAGAGGAAACAGAGGUGCAAAAGCCUCAUGUAAAGCUAAGGCGAAGUGUAUCUGAGGCACCACGACCAGCAUCUACACCUCCAAUUAUUGCCUCAGGGGUCAAGGAUGAUGAUGAUGAGGACAGGAUCAUUGCUGAGCUUGAGGUGUUUGAAAGAAGUACCACCAAACCACUAGCCCCCAUUUACUUUGCCAACACACCCAGCCCAGAAUCUGUGCAGUGUAUUGGCACUUUAGAAGCUAUUGGACAGAAGACUUCCAAUAUAUCUUCUCCAUCCAGUCGAGCAAUCCACUCAGCAGCUUCAAGGCUGAAGCACAUUCAACAGAGCAGCCCAGAGAAGACCAAGUCACUGAAACAGCGUGAAGAAUAUGUGAAGGUUCAAGGCCAGCAGCAGCUCUGAGAAACUUCCCAGUAAGGGUAUUAAGCCCCACCCCUUCUGGGGGUUUCACCAUAAAAGAUGUGCAGACUAAAAAAGAGGCAUCUUUUGCCAGAAGACCCGAAUAAGACGCAUGGUGGAGCACAAGAUUAAAAUAAACUCCUAAGAAGGAGGAAACUCUGACCAGGGAGCAGCGCAUUGGCACAUUUUUUUCUGUGUUUUUUUAUUUUUGUUUAUUUUGUCUCAUGUUUGCUAUCCCAAACUUUUGAGUGAUUCCAGUCUGUCCUUCCACCACCUGAUCACAUUUUAUAUAUAUAUAUAUAUAUAUAUUAUAUAUAUACACACACACAUAUUAUAGUCUGAACACACACCAGAAUGACAGCAUGAGGCACUAUGCAGGCAUAUUUAUGGCUGUUGAUAUUAAAAAGCCCCAGUUGUGUUUCCUGACACAUUUCUGCUGAAUAAUAUGUUGGCUUGAAGUCCUCAGUGUUAGUGUAUCACAAAGAAUAUGUGCAGCAUUUGUCAUGUUUUCACUCUGUCCUCAGCUAACGCCAGGGGUCCAGAAUGUGUCCCAUUACUGAACAUGCCCUUAUAAUUAGCUUGUUGAUUCAGUGGGCUCCUCUUGAGUGAUGUUUCCAGCCCAGCACACCACAGU